AUGAGCAGAAAGUUUUAUGAUAAUUUGGGUGGAAAACGUGUCUAUUCUUGCGAACGGUGUCGACUAUAUUUAACGAAUCGAGAGGAAGUAAUGUCGACCGAUUUUAGAGGCGCUACUGGACGUGCAUUUUUAUUUCGCAGAGUUGUAAAUGUUCGUGAAUCAGCAAUGGAGCCGCGUGAAAUGAUGACUGGUCGACAUCAUGUAAGAGAUAUUUUUUGUUUAAGAUGUGAUGCGAAGCUUGGUUGGAUGUAUGAAUAUGCAGUUGAAGCCGAUCAAAGAUAUAAAGAAGAUUUUUUCUCAAAAAAGUUUUCAGUUUUUUUCCAAAAAUUGCUCUUUUUCUUUUAA